AAAAUCACAUGAAAUAUUAUUGAAAAGUUGUUGAUCUGUACACCUUGAAGGAUUGAUUUUAUUUUUCUUGAAGAGAUGUCGGAAGAAUUAGGAAUAUCAUCAUAUGACUGUGACAUCUGCAAAGAGUCAUUCUUAGAAGAAAGUAAAUUCAAUCAACACAAACAAAUCCAUGCAGGGGAACAACAAUAUCUCUGUGAUAUCUGUGGUAAAUCAUUCUUAAAUGGCAGUCACUUAACUCGGCACAAACGUAUUCAUACAGGAGAGAAACCAUAUCACUGCGAUAUCUGUGGUAAAUCUUUCCCUGAAAACUGUAACUUAACUAAACACAAGCGUAUUCAUACAGGAGAGAAACCAUUUCCUUGUGAUAUAUGUGGUAAAUCUUUCCCUGAAAACAGUGGCUUGACUAAACACAGGCGUAUUCAAACAGGGGAGAAGCCAUAUUCCUGUGAUAUCUGUUGUAAAUCAUUCUCUAAUGACAGUCACUUAACUCAACACAUACGUACUCAUACAGGAGAAAGACCUUAUCCCUGCGAUAUCUGUAGUAAAUCAUUUUCUGAUGACAGCAGCUUAACUAAACAUAAGCGUAUUCAUACAGGAGAGAAACCAUAUCACUGUGACAUUUGUGGUAAAUCUUUCACUGAAAACAGUGGCUUAACCAAACACAAACGGAUUCAUACAGGGGAGAAGCCAUAUCACUGUAGUAUCUGUGGUAAAUCUUUCUCUCACGACAGUCACUUAAUUCGACACAUACGUAUUCACACAGGAGAGAAGCCUUAUCCCUGUGAUAUCUGUAGUAAAUCAUUUUCUGAUGACAGUAGCUUAAUUAAGCACAAACGUAUCCAUACAGGGGAGAAACCAUAUCGAUGUGAUUUAUGUGAUAUUUCAUCGCAUUUGUGGUUACGCUUUCCGGAUCGCCGUUAUUUCCUAUAUUUCUUAAUUCACUUAAUUCGACACAUACGUAUUCAUACAGGGGUGAAGCGUUUUCCCUGUGAUAUCUGUGUUUUGGAUAUUGGAUAA